AACUCCGCCACCAACACGCCCACUGACUCACAUACCCGGAAACCUCCCUCCACCUGCCCUUCUCUCGGUGCACCAGGUAUGCGAGGAAUCCCUUCCGACACCUGCUGCAUACUCUGGGACACAGGGUGCUGGUGACAAACCGCAGAAAGGUGACCACACUGCCCCGGAGAACUGGGACACGCCAAGUAAGCGGUAGUCGCGGCAGAGGGACGAAACUGGUACAGGGGGUCGAUGUGCAGGAACAGCCAUGAAAUCGGAAGAAGAAGAUUAUAACUUGGUGUUUAAAGUGGUUGAGAUUGGAGAAUCUGGGGUGGGUAAGACCAACCUGCUCUCCCGAUUUACCAGGAACGAGUUCAACCAUGACAGUCGUACCACGAUAGGCGUGGAGUUCUCCACCCGCACUCUGAUGCUGGACGGUCAUAUGGUGAAGGCGCAGAUUUGGGACACGGCCGGACUGGAGCGCUAUCGAGCCAUCACGUCGGCUUACUACAGGGGGGCGGUUGGUGCUCUCUUGGUGUAUGACAUCACCAAGCAUCAGUCAUACGACAGCGUGGACCGGUGGCUGAAGGAGCUGUAUGACCACGCCGACGCCAGUAUCGUGGUCAUGCUGAUUGGAAACAAGUCUGACCUGACGGAGGAAGCUCGAGAGGUGCCGACCGAGGAAGCCAAGAUGUAUGCAGACAAUAAUGGAUUGUUAUUCAUGGAAACGUCUGCACUAGACUCGACCAACGUGGAGCUGGCGUUUGAAACGAUUCUCAGAGAAAUCCACAAGAGAAUUUUAAAGAACAAAGGAGUGACACCAAAGGACAACACUGUGGUCAUCUCUGGAGAAGCUCCCGCAAGUCAAUCGCAAGCCCAGACUACAGCAACCAAGAGAUCCUGCUGUCAGAACAUCUAAAUGUGAGGAGGCCACCAAGGAACCAUCUACUCCAAAAGGGGCCCGAGAGAGGACUGAGAACAACCAGAUCACACAAAACGCUCAUUGUGGUCUUUCGGAGAGAUGGAGGAAUAGGAAGGAACCACUGCUUGGGUACUGAAGCCAAAUCACUAUAAUGAUACGCCAGGUGCUCAUUCACUAAUUUGAAAUUCUUUAUUAUGUUAACGGACGCUUGGAAAUUAGUCAUUUACCAACUAGGAUUGGCAACUCCAACGUAAACUCUACUACGAGUAAACCACGACUCAGUCUGAAAGCAUCCCUGCCAUAUUCUACUCCUUCCACAGAACCUGGUUCUUUCCAAGGUGCUUCUGCGAUUGCCCCCAUCAUGAUGCUCUUAUUCCCAGUGACCCACAGUUUGGUGGCAGUGGCUUUGGGUUUAUCCAUAAGGAAAUUAGGUGCAGACAUAGGGGCAGCGUAUGACGGAUACGCACGUGUAACUUUUGAAAAUGUCAUUUGAAAUUACGUUUAUUUAUCAAUAGGCCUUUUUUAUUUUCCGUUUGCAAAUUUGGACGAUGACCUUCUUUAAAUAUGAUUGUUUUGUUUGAUCGGUUGUCCAGAAAAGACUAAACCUAAGCUGUAUACAACAAUGGCUUGCAUCGCUGUUUUUACUGCACCGGCACAGGUCAGAGAGUCAUUGAGGCUGUCUACAGACAAGGGUACUCCCAUCACCGAAAGACAAGGGUACUCCCAUCACCGAAAGACAAGGGUACUCCCAUCACCGACACCUUAUUCAAGAGUUUUCUGCAAAUCUUAUUUUCUAUUUACAGCAUGCAUGUGUCGCAAUCAUAUCACCAACAUAUCCAGACACUUCUGCCUCCCAGUCAUGGAUAAGCCUAGGUGUAUAGAGUUAGACCUUUAAAAUCAUUCUGGAAGUGAGGUGUUGUUAAAUUAAUACCAGGGAUACCACAUUCAGUAAUAUUUAGGAAGGAUGCCAUUUAUCAGGGGGUAAUAUACUCCAUAAAGGUUAUGUGCCAUAUUUGAUAAUUUAUAAGAAACAGAGAAGGUGUCUUCUAUUCCCUAGCAAUAAGUAAUUAAAAGGCCUUACAGAUCAGUCUAAUGGAUAUUGUACUUAGAGGAUCAUUUACACCAGGCAUGUCCAAACUGCGGCCCUCCAGUUGUUGAGAAACUACACAUCCCAGCAUGCCCUGACACAGCUUUAGCAUUCUCUGACAGCAAAACUGUGUCAGGGCAUGCUGGGAUUUUUAGCUUCACAAGAGCUGGAGGGCCGCAGUUUGGACAUGCCUGAUUUAGACCCUACAGUUUGCCGAUUUUGGCAAACUGCGCAUGUGCAGCGGCCGUAAGGCCACACAAACUGCGGUCGCCUACCCGAUGGAUGCGACCGCAAUGUGAUUCACAGGUGUGGGCGUUUGCGGGCGGUGGGGGGCAGGGUCGAACGGGGGUGGUCCGGGACGGCUGCGUGACAUCACAGGCAGCCACUCCGAACAAAAAAAAAUCGCUGCCGACAGCUUGACGGUUAUGCUGCCAUGCUGCCAUGGGUCAAUUUUAGUUCUGAUUCGUCCGCAAAUAGAUUGUGAACGCAUCAGGAGGCGGCCCCCAGCAAAUACAGAGAUAAAUACAGUUCUGGGUGCGUACGCAGCCAUCUGCGUUCAUCUCUGAUAACCCCCUGAAUGCAGAGAUCACAGCAGGACAACAGAAUUUAAUUCCUGAUGACAUAAAUAACCGGCUGAAAUGCAAAGAAAAAAAUUAGAGAUAAAAUGCAUUUAGUAAAGGGUGCAGGAGAAUUAUGUACAAAUCAAUGAAUUAAUGUCAUCUAAAAGGAAAAGACCCUAUUAAUUAUAGGAUAAUUACUUUACUAAAUGCAUUUUUUGUAUGGUGUACGUAUUGUUGUUUCAUUCACGGCUCUGACCCUGACCUAUUCCAAACUGUUCUGUAUGGGGAUAAGUUGUGUCUCUCCGGUGACCUCUUGUGUUCAUUCUGUGCAACUACUCCUAUUGAGAGCUUCCGUGAAGACAGACAUUGCAUUGGGUUUUUCUUGAUGUUUGUCAAACUUAAAUAUGGCGACUCACUGUAACGCUUUUAUGACCAUUUUUCAUUCUAUUUGCACAUUUCAGGCUCUCAGUAUAUAAAACAAUUUGCACUGAUUUUAUUAUGUUUCCUGAAAUAUAAUUCAUUAUAGCCGACUUGUUUCAAUAAA